GUCUAUAUUUUGCAAUCCCUUCUCCCUUGUUCUCCAAACUUGCCCCAUCUCUCUCUCUCUCUCUCUCUCUCUCUCUCAACUUGCCCCAUCUCUCUCACUCUCCCUCCCUCCUACGCACUGCAUAUACAUAGAUAUUCAUCAAGAUUCAAGUUAGAAGCCAGAGAGAUUUAAUAUACUGGAGGUAAAUUUGUUUUUGAAUGGCACCAGGUCUUGAUUGUGCAGUAUCAAGUCUCCUCUGUUCUGAAGAAACUGAAAGUAUCUAUUUUGAUGAGUGUGUUGAAGACCUUGAGACCUCAUUUCACAACAAAACUAUUAAAAAUCAAAUCUUUGAGGCUAAAGAAGAGUCUUUUUAUAGUUUAUUGCCUUUACAAAGUGAUGAAGCUUUCGAUUUGAUGUUAAAGAAAGAAUGUGAGCAUUUGCCUGCUUCUGAUUAUGGGGAAAGAUUGAGAAAUGGGGUUUUGGAUUUGAAGGCUAGGCAAGAGGCUGUUGAUUGGAUUGGAAAGGUGAAUUCCUAUUUCAAUUUUGGACCUCAGUGUGCAUAUUUAUCUGUGAACUACUUUGACAGAUUCAUCUCUGCCUAUGAGUUACCAGCUGGAAAAGCAUGGAUGAUGCAGUUGUUGGCUGUUGCCUGUGUAUCUCUAGCGGCCAAAACGGAGGAGACUGAAGUGCCAUUGCUCUUAGAUUUACAGGUUUGUGAAUCGAAAUUUAUAUUUGAAGCAAGAACCAUACAGAGAAUGGAACUUCUUGUUUUGAGUACAUUGAAGUGGAGAAUGCAAUCAGUAACCCCUUUCUCAUUUAUUGAGUAUUUUAUUGCAAAGACUACGGGGGAUCAUAUUGCAUCAACGUCUACAAUAUACAGAUCGACGCAACUUAUAGCAAGCCUGACAAAAGGGAUUGAAUUCUUGGAAUUCAGGCCUUCUGAAAUUGCAGCAGCAGUGGCUCUGUCUGUUGCAGGAGACACUCAUACAGUAGAAACCAAAAAUGCAUUAUAUGAACUCGAUCACCAUUUACAAAAGGAUAAAUUGGUAAAAUGUGUCGAACUGAUAAAGAGAUCAUCACCAUCUUUCAGUGCAUUUAGAAGUAGUGGUCCAAAUGGAUUAAUCCCAUCAUCAUUGCCCCGAAGCCCUAGUGGUGUGCUAGAUGCUGCCGCUUGUUUAAGCUAUAGAAGUGAUGAUUCAACAGUUGAAUCAUGUUUAAGUUCUUCUCAUUAUGCGGAAAACACUAAAAGGAGGAAGCUAAGUUAAAGCACAAUGACCCCCCUCCCCCAAACCUUGUCUACUGGAAAACAAGAACCAAAUGUAUACAGUGAAUACAUGGUUUUCGUGAAGUUGGGUCAUUGAGGCAAGACCAUGCCAAAAGCCAAAUGAACUCUAGAAGUUAUUUCAUGCUCAGAGCAUGAAAGCAUGCAAUCAACAUUAGCUGUUAACUACUAGGCCUAUUUAACAGCUGGGAUAUGAGAAGACAAGCUUAUUAGCACAAAUGGAGUAGAUUAUAAAAAAUGUACAUUUGCUUUGAUAUAAAACUUGUACUAUGCUUGAGCCUUGAUGCCUUCCCUUUUGCUGAUUGUGAAAAGAGAAAAAAAAAAAAAAUUAGUUAUAUAGGACCCGGGAGAAAUGAAAUUUUUGGUUAGUUUUAUUAAUAAAUUACAUGCUUGUCUCA